AUGGUUAGAUUCCAGCUGGUGGAGGCGUCGAGUGGCCGACGGCGGCGGCGGCGGCUGCGCCCGCUGGCGGCCGGUCUGCCGGCUGAGCGAUCGCAGGCUGGCUCGGUGCGGCAGUAUCGUGGCGAGUGUCGAGCUGAGCGCACUGAGACCCUAGCGACCGCCCUAGCAAGCAAAGAAAUCCACUGCACAGAUGCGACCGCCGACCACCCAGAGCAUGUGAUGCAGCCGACGACGCCGACUCAGACGCCGAUGAGUGCCGACUGGUGGUGCCGGGGGCCCCGCUCGUCGGCGCCCCGGGAGCCGGGCUGGCCCCGGCCCUGCUGCUGGUGCUGCGUGCUGCUGGCGCUGACUUUGACGUUACCCAAGUGCGUGCUUCUGUGUGGUGUGUCUGUGGUGUUUUCUCAGUUCUACAGGUUCCUAGCCAGAUUUUCCGGACGAAGACGCUGGAGGUGUUUAAAUGGGACUGACGGGUUGCAUAACCCGGUGGAGCGACGGCCCUGCCCAGAGGCCGAAAUUUCUUCGAGUAGUAAUUCUUCAUCUUCUUGUUCUUCUGUUACUUCAUCGUCGUGUAGUAGUUCAUCCUCUUCUUCUUCUUCUUCUUCAUCGAUAUCAAGAACAACAUCAGCGCACAGGAUGCGAAUUAUCCCUCUACUGACCACAACGUUUGUUCUAGUCGCGCCUUUUCUCUUCGGGGUGGCCGAUGCGUGUUCCAGCAGAGCCACGCCGAAACCGCGUUCUCCAAGUCCGACUGCGAGACCGAACGUCACAUUCCACACGUACGCGUGUCCUCCGGCCUACGCGGCCUGGUACUGCCUCAACGGGGCCACCUGCUUCACCGUGCGAAUCGGCGAGUCGCUCCUCUACAACUGCGAGUGCGCCGAUGGCUACAUGGGACAGAGGUGCGAGUUUAAGGAUCUGGACGGAUCAUACCUCCCGUCGAGACAAAAAGUGAUGCUGGAGAAGGCGAGCAUCGCCGGUGGAGCCCUGGUGGCCACCCUGCUGGUGGCCGUCGUCUUUUUCUCCUUGUUUGUUCACCGUGCCAGCCGGAGAAAAGCGUUGCGAGCCGCGAGAUACGCGACGCCCACCACCAAUGACGUCGUGGACGGACGAGCGGCGGACGUGGAGCGUCGGCCCUUCAGCCACCACCGCUUCCCAAUCUUGGACAUGAGCAGUGUUGCUCAGCACCACCCUUGUCACUCUCUGCAAGGGGUAAUACCUACAGAGGUGCACUGCACCUCACCCUCUCGGGGCGUCCCGCGCCCCCUCCAGCCGCUCCAGGUCUCGCCGCAGCUGCAGCAGGUGUCCUCGGUGGUGGUGCACCAUCAUCAGCACGGCAGCAGUCAGCACCUCCGCCACCAGUUUUUCCAUCCAGGGCCGCCGCAGCCGCCGGGAAAGACUUAAUGCCAGUGGAGUGCUAACUUAAGUUUUUUGAAGAAGAAAAAUGCUGAAUCCGACACACCACACGCACGCACGCACCAAGAAUUAAGGAAAAGAAAAGCAAUCAUCUCUAUAUAGUAAAAAAAAAACAUAUAUACUGAUUAAAUAAGUGAGAAGAAGGAAGAGGAGGCGACCGCCCAAUUGAACUCUGCCAAACGUGAAAUUCAGUCAGACAAAGAAAUACACACGAAAAAGAACGGAGCAAAUUUUCGCAAUUCACGCUGGAGGAAAUGAACGCCGUCGGCCCUCCUCGGGUCUUCCUUCCUCGAACACACACGCGCGACGAUAUGUGUCCCUCCAAUGAGACUUGUUACGAUUAAAUUAUUAUUAAUUAUUACUGAAAGUAUUAUUUAAUUGAUUAAUUAAUUGAAUUAUAGUAAAUAUACAAAAAUGAAAGCGAGAGAGAAUGAAAGAGAGAGGCCAAAACAAUUAAGAUCAUGUUCGGCGUGCACGAUCUGAUGAUAUGCAAAAAUUCUGUGUAAUUAAAAGAAGUAAAAAAAAACGCGCAGAUUUAUUUAGGAAGAUACUUGAGCGAAUAAUGACCUCAGUGACUGAUUAACCGAUAUGGGAUGUACAUAGACCUUAAUAUUAAAACAAAAACAACAGUAUAUAAAUAUCAUGUAAAUAAAUUCCUCAUCGGACUCCAACCAAACCGACCACCGGCGCCAUUCCCAAAUCCGCAACCCCUGAAAAUUGAAAAGUUAGAAGCUCAAAUUGCAGGAAAGUUGUUUUCAAUUGAUCUCGAUUGACUUGAAGAAUUUUUUGUCCAGACCAAGGGUUGUCCCUGAGUGGCGCCGGUUGCGGUUCGGGCACACCUCGAGAAUCAAAAGUGUGAAAGCAGUGCCGGCACCACUGCCGCCCGGCUUUUGGCCUCUUUUUGUGUGCCUUCUCUGGACAGUGCCAGCGCCAGCCUCGCGCGAUCCAGACUGCUCGCCAACUACAUUCCGAGACACUUCCAUAGCUCUUAAUUAAUAAAUUAAAAACUAGUUGAUUAACCGCCCCUCUGCCGAGACGCAAUCAGAGAGCUCCUGAAAGUGUGAUAUUUAAUUGAUUAAAUAAUAUUGAAACACUCUUUAAUUUUUUCUCAUUAAUCUAAAAAAAUAUUUUUUCCAUGCACAAAAAUAACUAUCAAUAUUAACGCAGCAGUUCCAUAAAUAGACAGACAGAUUCACUCACUCACUACUUCUCUUUUUUUACAUCUCAUUAUAUCGCAUACAUAUUCGAGCAGCGAAAAUUGACGAGGCUGCAGCUGGCAUUGUGGUCCUGUACUUACGUUGAUCACGCAGACACACAUAAAAAAACUCACUCACACACACGCAGUUUUAAUUGUAAAUAUUUUAUCGUAAAUUCAUGUUGCCCGAUUUGCCAUAGACGGAAAAAAAUGAAUGAAUAAUUCAAUCAAUCACUCUUGUUUCGAAACAAGAUUGAAAUUGAGUGAAAAUUUCAAAGUCUUCUUUGCCCCGUAACUUCAAGUCUUGUGGAUUUUAGUCCAAUAUUAAAAUGUUAUAUUGAAUGUUUUUUUCUAUUAGAAAAUUCUAUUUUCUAUAAAUCUCGCCCUCCCCAGUGCCAACCGAUGUUCUUUUAGAUUUUCAUUCAAUUUGAAUCUUUAAAAUGAAAUUGUGUGUUGGUUCCUUUUUUAGCAAUAUUAUAUUAUACAGUUUUCUCUUCAUUCUCCAUUAUUAAUUUAUUAAUGAUUUUGCCAAAUACGCCGCGGAAAAUCAAUCGAUCUUGCUGAUUUAUUCCGCUCCUCACUGAUGCAAAAAAUAAUAAUCAUGCGAAAUCCAACUGAUUUGCCUGCCUUUCUGUCUGAUUUUCUCGACAAAACAAAUUAAGUGCACACAGAGUUAGCAAAAGCACUUUGGAAAAAAAUAAUAAUGUUGCCUUUUCUUCACUGCAGAGAAAAAAAAUCGUGUAUUAAACAACAACUCCAGGGUAUACUUAUUGAAAAUGUCUAUAAGUGUAAAACUGGCCUCUAGAGGAUGGACUAAUUUUUUGUUUUGAUUUUUUUCUGCUCAGUGGCACACAUUUGAUUAUUUAUUCGGAAUGAGCUCAAACAAACGCCCGCUUGUGAUAGUGAUUUUGAAAGAAAGUGCCUUCUUUGCCGCGACUUUUUGUUUUACACUUUUCGUUUUGGCUGCUUGUAUAAUUGUUAAACAAACUAAUCACUCUGUAAACAACUUUUCGGCGUGCUAUAUAAUGUUAUAUACCAUUCUGUGCUUGCCUUAAUAGCAAAAACAAAUUGAAAAAAAAACAA